AUGACCCUUGGACCAGGUGCUGCACCCAAUAAAUCUAGCGGAGUACAAUAUUAUUUAGUCCUUGGUUUCCGCGAGAUAGACGUGGGAAUUGGGCUCGUGCUUAGUUAUGAUUAUCACGAGGUGGCGCUCUAUAGGGCGGGAAGCGUUUGGGACGACGCCGUUGAAAAUAAGGC